AAGUGUGUUCUGACACAUUCUACAAGAGCUUCAUGGAGUGGGUGAUAAGCUCUUACGAGGUGAACAAAUUGUGUUCGGAGCAGCCGUUCAUCUGCCCAGCCUGUUGUCCACAAAUGCUGGCUGUGUCCGUCGAUGGAAACAGGAAGCACUACCGCUUCAAAAAGGAUGGGUGUACUGAUGAAGCAGGUUACUUUGAGGGUGUAGUUCUCUGCAAAGAUGAUGAGGUGGCAGCCUUUGUGGAAGACAUCCAAAGGAGGACCAAGCAUGUGCCAGGAAAGGGGGUUUGUGGCAGGUCUCAGCUGAAUGCAGCCAAAGAGACGAGUAAGAGGAGUAGCUCCAGCCUUGAUGAGCAGGGUAUAGAAGUAGCUGUGUGCCGACAUGGGAUUAUUCUUCGUGCUCUGAAUAUGUUCAGGGGUGAGAUCUUCGCUUAUCCCAUGUUCCUGCAGAAGGAAGUCUCUGCCAUCAGUCCUCCAACCUUCUUUUGCAUGGACGUUAUUUGCAAAUAUUGGUCUUACAUAAGCAGAAUUUGUGAAGCCUACCCUGAAUAUCAUCACCUCACUACCAUGAAACCCUUUCUGUCUGUGCUCCAUGCUAAAGCACACGGUAUCAAGUGUGAGAUAAAAUGGGGAGGAGGAAAUCAGGAUGGAGCUGGUUCCACCUUGGGAGAGGAGGUGGAAAUGGUCAACUCCUUCCUCUCCAGGACUGCCAUAAACACCAAGUUUAUGGGAAAAGGAGCCCGCACAGACAUGCUGACUGUCCAGAUCAUGGACUGGAACAAAAGGAAGGUGAAAAACAUGUGCAAUACCUUAUGCUCCAGAUUUCAUAAGACACAAAGGGAUCUUCAGAGGGAGAGGCAGAACCUAGAGGCUAUCAAGGAGGACCUGUCUUUGAAUGAUGAGACUGUGCGGCAGUGGGUCACAGAUGUACAGGAUUGGGCUGAACAUGAUUCACCAGCUGGCAGCAGUGAUUCUCUCCUGGAAGUGAGGAGAAGAAUUGAGGAGAAUUCACUGGGCCUGAGACAACGUAGAGCCCGUCUCUACAGUCAUACAGACACCAACUCAGGACGCUCUGUGAUUCGCAGCCGCAUGUGGAGGGAAAGGAACCAGCUUGAGGUCCAUGUGGCUCAGCACGACGAGAUGGUCCAGCCACAACAGCAAAUUGGCGCUGUUGAAAAUCUCUUAAAUGCUGGCUACAUCUUUCCGUGGCUGUUGCCGCCCAGUGAUGGCAUUGAUUUCCUUGCAAAAAAGAAGGUGUUUGACAAUGUCAUGCAUGUGAAAAGACUUGAGGAGGAGGUCAAAAUCCUUGCUACCGAAGUAAGGCAGCAUUGGGAGUACCUCAAGAAAAGGGAGCUUGACUUGAGUGGUCUUUUAACCAGCAUAGAGGGUAGCCACAGGAGUCUCUCCAAAGAAGGCCUUCAAGGUCUCCAGGGAGAGCUCAAGUGCAAAUUGUUUCAGCAGCGUUCUCAACUUGCCUUAGUGAGGCAAAAGUACUUGGAGCUAAUAAAGGCAGGGCUUCAAGGGUCAAUGCUGGACCUUGUUUGGGGGGAAGAGCCUGAAGAGUCUGAGGAGCAAGCUUUAAGAAGUGCUAAUGAAAGCUCCUCAGAUGAGGAGGACAUUGACAUGCAGGGUCUUGACAGUGGACAGCAGAUUCCAGAGGAGGACGUUGUUGACCCUUAGCAAUCCUAAAUACUACUGUUAGGUUUAGGGUUAAAUAGUUAAGUUUACUUUAAGUGUUUUUAAUUGUCAGAUCUGAUAAAGCGG